CUUCCAUUUAUGGCAUGAAUAAAUGAUCUAUAAGCUAUACUGUGUUCAAAGUGUUCAAAUUUGCAGGCAUUAAUCACAUUUUUAAAGAAUCUAUAUGGAACACCUAGCUCCAGGCCAGAGGUAUAAGGACAUUUAUCACUUUACCAUGAAUUCUGUAAAUAUAGUGGAAAGGAAGCAGAUACGUGAAUGAAGGUCACUUCGCGCUCACAUGUAGCCCCCAUGUGUCUGAAAACGCGGGUCUUCAGGUAGCCGUAUCUCUCGGUGGAUGAUGAUGAUGAUGAUGAUGAUGAUGAUGUGAACUACGAAGUCCCGUGCCUGUCGGUCUGGACACCGUAUCCCCCUGCAGUUCACUUCUGCAAACUGAACGGCACCCAUCGGUGGCGGGGAGACGCCGCGCUUCGCGGGGGGAAAUAGCACGUCCAGCCGCUUGCCGGGGGCGCACAGAAAGCUGAAGGAAUCACAGCAUAUUGGAGCAAGGAAUCGGAGGCUGUCUGUAUGUCCACGAAGGCGAGAAAGUACCAGAAACGCGUGUCAUUCUCCGAGGAGGAAAAUGAGUGUAAAGAAGAAAACGGCGGCGUGGAUGCGCGUUACUUAAAAUCCGUGAAAACGGUCCGAGAUGCAUCUGGAUAUUAUCAUCAUCACAAUAUGUCGCCGCUGGAGAACCCGGCGCAGUGGCGGCUGGCGGCGUCGCGGGAGAAGGGUCGGCGGCAAGCGGUGCGGGGGCCUGCCUUCAUGUUCAACAACCGUAGUACCAGCCUGACAGCCGAAGAGGAGCGCUUCCUGGAUGCCGCCGAGUACGGCAACAUCCCCGUGGUGCGGCGGAUGCUGGAUGAGUCGGAGACGCUCAACGUCAACUGUGUGGACUACAUGGGCCAGAGUGCGCUGCAGCUGGCCGUGGGCAACGAGCACCUGGAGGUGACUGAGCUGCUGCUCAAACGGGAUAACCUGGCCCGCAUCGGCGACGCUCUGCUGCUGGCCAUCAGCAAGGGCUACGUCAGGAUCGUAGAGGCCAUCCUCAACCACCCGUCCUUCGCCGCCGGGGACCGGCUCACCCGGAGCCCCCGGGAGCUCCAGGACGACGACUUCUACUCGUACGACGAGGACGGCACACGCUUCUCGCCCGACAUCACGCCCAUCAUCCUGGCCGCCCACUGCCAGAAGUACGAGGUGGUGCACAUGCUGCUGACCAAGGGGGCUCGCAUCGAGCGGCCGCACGACUACUUCUGCAAGUGCGCCGAGUGCGCCGAGAAGCAGCGCAAGGACUCGUUCAGCCACUCUCGUUCCCGUAUCAACGCCUACCGCGGGCUGGCCAGCCCCGCCUACCUCUCCUUAGCCAGCGAGGAUCCCGUCCUGACUGCCCUGGAGCUCAGCAACGAGCUGGCCAAGCUUGCCAACAUCGAAAAGGAGUUCAAAGUUAAAAAGAGCCAAAUAAAAGAGACGAUGCAGAACAAUUGCUCCUCCCUGAACGACUACCGCAAGCUGUCCAUGCAGUGCAAGGACUUCGUGGUGGGGGUGCUGGACCUGUGCCGGGACACAGAGGAGGUGGAGGCCAUCCUGAACGGGGAUGUGAGCGCUGAGCUGGAGGAGGGGCAGACGCACCGAGCUUUGCUAAGCCGCGUCAAGCUGGCCAUCAAGUACGAGGUCAAGAAGUUUGUGGCUCACCCUAACUGCCAGCAGCAGCUGCUUACGAUCUGGUACGAGAACCUGUCCGGCCUCCGGGAACAGGCCAUCGCCAUCAAAUGUCUGGUGGUGCUCCUGGUGGCCUUGGGGCUUCCCCUGCUGGCUGUCGGCUAUUGGUUCGCUCCCUGCAGCCGGCUGGGAAAAGUCCUCCGCAGCCCCUUCAUGAAGUUUGUAGCGCAUGCUGCUUCAUUCAUCAUCUUUCUGUGCCUGCUCGUCUUCAAUGCCUCGGACCGAUUCGAGGGCAUCACCACCCUGCCCAACGUCACCGUCACUGACUACCCCACACAGAUCUUCAGGGUGAAGACCACUCGCUUCACCUGGACAGAGAUUCUCAUCAUGGUGUGGGUCACAGGGAUGAUGUGGUCGGAGUGUAAGGAGCUCUGGAGCGAGGGUCCCCGUGAGUACAUCCUUCAGCUGUGGAAUGUUCUGGACUUCGGCAUGCUCUCCAUCUUCAUCGCCGCCUUCACGGCCCGCUUCUUCGCCUUCCUCGAGGCUACCAAAGCGCAGCAGUACGUGGAUGAGAAGAUCCACGUUACGGACCUCUCCCUGGUCACACUGCCACCUGACAUCGAAUACUUCACUUACGCCCGGGACAAAUGGCUGCCCUCUGACCCCCAGCUGAUCUCGGAAGGACUGUACGCCAUCGCCGUGGUCUUGAGCUUCUCCCGUAUCGCCUACAUCCUGCCUGCCAACGAGAGCUUCGGCCCGUUACAGAUCUCUUUGGGACGCACCGUCAAGGACAUCUUCAAGUUCAUGGUCCUCUUCAUCAUGGUCUUCUUGGCCUUCAUGAUCGGCAUGUUCAUCCUCUACUCUUACUAUCUAGGCGCCAAAGUCAACCCCGCCUUUACCACGGUUGAGGAGAGUUUCAAGACGCUCUUCUGGUCUAUAUUUGGCCUGUCGGAGGUGUCCUCGGUGGUGCUGAAAUAUGACCACAAGUUCAUCGAGAACAUUGGCUACGUGCUGUAUGGGAUCUAUAACGUCACCAUGGUCGUGGUGCUCCUGAACAUGCUCAUCGCCAUGAUCAACAGCUCAUACCAGGAGAUCGAGGACGACGCAGACGUGGAGUGGAAGUUUGCGCGCUCCAAGCUGUGGCUGUCCUACUUCGACAAUGGGAAGACACUCCCCCCGCCCUACAGCAUCGUGCCCAGCCCCAAAUCCUUCUUCCACUGCAUCAAGAGGCUCGUGGGCUUGUUUAGGUGCCGCCGGCGGAGGCUCAAGAAAGACAUUGAGCUGGGGGUCGACUCCAAGUCCAGGCUCAAUCUGUGCAGCCAGUCGAACAUGCGAAUCACGGAGUCGCACAGCUUCAACAGCAUCCUGAACCAGCCCACACGGCAUCAGCAAAUAAUGAAGAGACUCAUCAAACGUUACGUGCUGAAAGCUCAAGUUGAUAAAGAGAACGACGAAGUAAAUGAAGGCGAGCUGAAGGAGAUCAAGCAGGACAUCUCCAGCCUGCGCUACGAGCUGCUGGAGGAGAAGUCCCAAGCUACGGAGGAGCUGUCGCUGCUCAUACAAAAGCUGGGCGACAAGCUGAGCCUGAACGCCACGCGCUGCGAGUGAGGGACUGCGCGCACCCAGGCUUGCAUCGCAGGACCCCCCAGUUUUACCAAAGCGGCGAGAAUCCAUGCAGUCACCUUAUCGCGCCUCUCCUGCCUGCUUCAUCAAAGAAGACCGCUCGCUUUCUGCAGUCCAGUCACAAGCUGCUACGUUAUAAGUCCUCGCUAACAGAAUUUAAGGCCAUUUAAUCCCACCCGAUAAUUUUCGUACUUACUAUUUUUAUGUGCGGGAGAUUAAUUCCUACCCAGGUGUGGUUUUAGAGCUGUGCAAUAGAGAAAAAAGAUGGAGGGAAGGCAGCACACAACAUCUCAAAGAACAAUCACGCAGUAGGAAAGCGUUCAACUUUCUUAAGCACUCAGUAUAAUAGAGCGUGCAGCGUGCACGUUUCACGCAUGGACUUGAUUAAACAGCACAAAUUAUGGCAAUAAGACAUUGUAAGUCACGAUUUAAAAUAGACUAUCAACUGUUCGAUUUUUGAUCUAACGGGAUGAUUAGCAAGCCAUUUACAUAUCUACUUAUUUAUUUUUAUUUAUUUGUAAAAUGCUUCAUGAACUUAAGCCCUUUUUCAAGCGAUAUAGUUUAUUAUGUUGCAUUUUAUAAGCAAUGCAAAUAUUUUAGAAUUUCCUAUAAAAAUGCAUUGUGAUUUUUGUCUUGUAAUUUAUUUUCUGUUUCGUUUAUAAUUUAUAUGAAUCAUCACUACUGAACAAGAAAUGUAUAAAUGAAUACCACACCUGUGUCUCGCAGUAUAAAGAAGCUUUCAAAAAGUAACCUAAGUGAUUGUAUUUGUUAAAUGGUUAUUCUUCUUCUUAUUCAGAGUGAAACAAUUAUUUAUCCUAACAAAACUGGUUCAUUGAGAGCCAACAGUCUGACUGUGACCUACAGGAAGUAGAGCUGAGAAUCCCUGAGUUAACUUAGGCCUAUAUUUGAAACUGUUGUUAAACUUGUGCUGUGUUAAAAAAAUAGGACUUCCUACAAUGUUUUGUUUUAUUUUUGGAUGGUUUUGUUUUAUUAAUGAGCUUAAUUCCAUAGCUGAUUACUGUAAAGUGUAGUACUCUUUUUCUCCUAUAAUCUUUGCUUAAAAUAAGGUUUUAAUCUUGUUGAACUGAAGAAUCCCCCCCUACACACACAAACACAAAGAUGCAGUUCACUGUAGCAAAACUGCUAAACUUUUCUAUUGAAAUAAUCUAUGCAGGUUAAAUAUGGAAAUGCUACUGAACAGGUUAACAGUCAAGAAAUGUGCAAAAGUAUAGUUUUGUAUUAUAUAUAAUAUAUAGGAAUCUCUGUACAUGAAUUUGUGCUCUAAAAUUGCAGUUACUGAAAAUAUCUGAAAGGUUUAAGUUUAUAAAUAAUAGAAAAACAAGUGAGUGAUGUGGCGAGGAUUUAAUACGGUUACUUAAUUAUGUGGAUGGUGUUUGUUUUGCUUUGGAAAAUGACCCUUAUUCAAAAGAGGGUUUUUUUCAAGCUAUACUAAAAGUAACAGCUGUUGUUUAUGAGCUGAAUACGAGUUUAAAGGCAAAAUGGUCACUGGUUGCGGUUCAAAGGGUCUGACUGAAUUUUAGGAGAAUCUUCAUGAUUCUGCCAUGAGUACCAAUCAACUGGCAGGACAUUUGUUUCAUUUGAGAUUUUUAGCUAACAAUGAUGUAUCGUAUUUUAAUCUCAAUAAAAUGCAAAAAAGGAAAAUA